AUUCAGAUGUUUUGUUUACUGUCAAAACUAUGAAAUUCGUCACCGUAAUCGGGCCAUCACUUUCGUUUAUUUAUUCAAGCGACUCAGCAUAAACCAUCGCAUCAGCACAAACCGAAAAUCUUGUGACUUUGUUGUGUGAUUGGCUUGAGUUGAUUGUGUGUGAAUAUUUGUUGUUGUAUGCGAUUUUAAGAAUGAAUACCGAAGUUAUGGUGGUGGCAUAACGGUAAUAGCAGAGAGAUACACACAGCCUGCCGGACUGUGUUGGUUGAACUCAAACACUUGCGUCUUGUUGGAAUCAGUACGGAUAUGAAUACUAUACGAUUCGAAUAGAAAAUAAAAUUUGCAUCUCCAAUUUUAAAUCGAUUUCAAAUUGGCAAAUGAGAUUAAAUUUUUUCAAGUAGACAAGAGACAAAUAGUGUUAAACAGACAGACAAUUUCAUAAAAUCAUCGUUGAAUUUCAUAAACUCUUCCGGAACUGUGUCGAAAAAGUGUGAAACGGUACAAUACAUUAUAUGUGCAUUGAAAAAGUGGCACCGAAAUUCAGCGAACUAGUGGUAUUUCAUAUCGCACGUGUUCAACAUGAAUGUUACAGGGAAAGAGGUGAUGAUAAAUGUGUUGGGCAAAGAUUGUAUUGUGAAAGUGCCGCCAGAAUUUGCAUUGAACGAUGACAACAACAAAACCACCGAACGUACUGACGACUUGAUUUUAUGUCCGGUGAAUGCGAGUGUAACAUCGAAAAUGACCAAAGUGGUGCCGGUGCAUGGAUUGAAUGCGAUCAGUCGCUUUGCGGGUCAAACAAUCAGAAAGGAUCAUGCUCAAAUCACCUAUACACGUACGGUUCAAUCGGCCACAGCGAUUCUGAAGACCAUACCACCGCCGCUAAUACCACUACAAUUUCAAAUGGUGCCAAAAAAAUACCACCAACAAAAUACACAAUCAUUGUUACGAAAAUCUGUUGAAAAUGAAACAACCGAGACAACCGUCUCAUUGGUGUUGGCAGCGCCAUCUGGAGCCAAUUCAUCGACCGUCACUCAUGCUAAUCGUUCACUAGUUUAUCGAAAGCCAGUGACAACAAAAGACACCGCUGCAACUAAGAAUUGCAAUCAGUUCAAUAUCAUCGAUCUAACCGAGAAUUAUUCAGCUAACGACUAUAAUUUAAACGAUUCACCCGUUUCGGACCAUACUGUGGAUGCUUUGAUAGAAAGUGUUACAAGUGACGAUUCAUUAUUGGCGGCAUUUGUUGAGCCAAAUACCAUAAAUCCCAACGAACUGGUGAACAGUGGUGCAAAAUUACAUAUUUCCAGACCAUUCAAGCAACAGCUUGAGAAGCAAUACCAGUUUCUAAGUACAAACACGGUCAAUCAACAUUAUCCACACGUCAAAAGGGUUUUGCAAACAUAUUCUGAAUGGGAAACCGUGAAUGAUCCGGAAGAAAAGUUGUUGCCAAGUGAAAAAUCAUUGAAAAUGAACGAAAUAUUCGCAAAGUGUCAAGCACAGAAGCGUAACCGUGCUAAAAGUGCUUAUAUUACUGAUGCACAGCUCGAGGUACUUGGUGUACCGUCGAAAUUGGCCCGCACAAAGAGCAAUGAAUCGCUGGAGAUUAUCAAUUUGGAUGAAUUGCCGGAAAAAAUGGAAAAACCUGAACCAAGAACAUACAGAACAGCAACACAAAAUGAUUGUUUAUAUAAUAUGAUCAAGUCGGAUGCACGAAAAGCACUGGAACGAAUGAAAACAACGACUGCUAUCCCGGGCGGUAGUAAAAUCCAGAUUUCAAAUGGCCAAUUGUCUGAUACUAAUGGACCCAUCCGUUUGCUUGAUAAAUCAACAAAACAAAUUUCAGCUCCGAAUGCACGACACAUUGCGCGUAUCCAAAGCCAAAAUGCUGCGAUUGCAUCACUGCCAACGAAGGACAAAGCACGCAAACUAAAGGAGUCCAUUGAAUCGACCGAAACAGUUUUGAAUUGGAUUGAGAAUGAUGAGAAACACGUGAAACGCACCUAUAGCCGAUCGAAAUCGUUGAGCACCAAAUCGAGGAUGCACUUUAAAAUCAGCAACAUUGCGAAUGCACCGAAAAUCAAGAAACUUAAGAUUCGGCCGAUAAAUCACGAUAAUGAUUGGCAAACAUUGACCAAUGUUUUAGCGACGAAUGCUUUUAAAGUGGAUUCACAUUCAAGUGGCAAGAACACACCCAGCGAACAGAUGAGCAAUGGAAACUCACGUGCCACAAGCCCCACUGAAAUUGAUCAUGUGUUGUCAUGGAAUACGAACAAAACACUUGGCCAAUUGCCGAAAUCGCAAGUGAUUUUUCAACGUAAUGAAUUUGGAAUGGUCGAAAUGGACGGUUUGGCGAUGACCAAGAUAAAAGCCAUGAAAUCGCAUAAGAGUGAUUACAAGAAUUUUCCACAGUUUGAACCAUCGAUGGCCUGUGGCCAUCCAGAUUUUGCCGGAUGCUUUGAUGCAAUUGUUCAGCGUCUGAAUAGUGGCAACCCAACUAUUACCUGCAAAGUCAACGACAAGAAACCACAUCAAUACUAUUCGAUAGAGUUUAAGGAAAUCAUUGGCGCUUUGGCACAGAAGAAAAACAACAAUUGCCAAGCAAUCACGUCAAAUGAUAUUGUUGAAGCACUGCUCGAAACAAACAUGUAUGAACGCACCAAGAAUUCAAGCCACUUCAGUUGGCCACGAUUCAUUGAUUAUUAUAACAAAAAGUGUGCCAGCGGAGAACAAAUACAAUUGGCACCACCGGAACUGUUUGUUAAUGCCUUGCCAAAAACGCCGAACACAUUCGAAAUCGGACAAAAGUUGGAGGCAAUCGAUCCAGAGAACAGCAGUCUCUUCUGUGUUUGCACCAUUGUCGAUAAAUGUGGGUAUCGCAUUAAAUUACGCUUCGAUGGCUAUCCAACCUCGUACGAUUUUUGGGUCAAUGCCGAUUCGAUGAACAUUUUUCCCGCUGGAUGGUGCAGCAAAACAGGUCGUGAACUGGAAGUGAAUCGCCGUUUCACCAGCAGUCGCAACAUGAAUUUCGAAUGGAAAGAUUAUCUACGACAAACCAAUACACAAGCAGCUCAUAAGGCUUGCUUUCCUAACUUGAAUACGGCGCGAACACAAAUGAACCCAUUCAAAAUUGGAAUGAAAUUCGAGGCCGAUGACACAAGAAAUACGAACCGAUUGUGUGUGGCAACGAUUGGUGAUGUGAUUGACAGUCGAAUUCUGGUGACCUUGGAUGGAUUUGAUAGUUGCUACAACUAUUGGACUGACAUCAGAUCGCCGUAUAUUCAUCCGAUUGAUUUUCAUCAAGAGAAUGGAUAUUCGAUUACAAAUCCACCGAAUUGGCGUAUGACACCGUUUUCCUGGGAAAGCUACUUGCGUAUUAACCGUUCCGAAGCAGUGCCAAGAGAUGCAUUUCAUAUGCGUAAACCGAAGCCAUUCACCGUCGGCAUGGCGUUGGAAGUGGUUGACAAGAAGAAUCCAUCACUGAUUCGUCCGGCAGUCAUAACAAAUAUUGAUGAAUAUCACAUCAAGGUGUUGUUUAUUGGAUGGCCAGAAAAGUAUUCAUACUGGAUUGACGAUGAUAGCUGCGAUAUUUUCCCGCCUGGUUAUUGCAAGAAGACAGGCCAUCCGAUUGAGUGUCCGUUAGAUUUCAUCUAUGAAUUGCCGAAAAACACCUGUGGUACGAAUGGUUGUCGUGGUAUCGGAAAUGGCAAACGCCCCGAAGCAAAUACCCAUUCGACAUCGGAAGAGUGUCCUUACGAAAACAUCAAUUGGUCGAUCGAUGAUAGUAAAUUACGUCCAAACCGUGUUGAUCGUAAGCACAAGGCCAUCAACAGUGCAUUCAACAUUGGCGCUGGCCCAUCGCGUAAAGUAUCCGUGAAUCCGGCCUUUGAAAAAGUGCAAGUGUCCUUGCAGAAAACACUGAACCCUUUCGAAUUGGCCGCGAUGUCAAGCAAAGACGUUGAGAUCUUCCGUCGUUUGCAAGUGUCAGCUCAAUUUUUACUUGAGAAUCACAAAACAUUAUCGGAAUUACGUGACCAAUGGAUUGAUCGCUUGAAGCCACUGCGGCCAGUUCAGGUGUUAGCCGCCACCAAAAAUCCAUUGAACUGGACCAAAGAGGAGGUAGCAGCCUUUGUGUCACAGUUACCAAACUGCUCCCUGCUUGGAUCGACGUUCCUCGACAACGAAAUUGAUGGUUUGGCCUUUUUAUCGUUGCGUCAAAGCGAUAUGAUUGACAUAAUGGGCCUGACCAUGGGCUCAGCCAUCAAAGUAUUCAACCGAAUCGUUCUGUUGCGCGAAGAAUGCAACACCCAUUACAUUCGCUACGAAUAGAACAAUACGAUUUUUAUUCAUCUCAUUUUCAUAGAUAUGGUUUAUCAUACGUAGUUUUAUUUUGCGCCAAAAUUCAUGCAUAUUGUGUGAACAAGUAGCACACACAUUUAUCCAUUUCACUUUUUAUUCAACUCUCACCAAUUGUUGGCAAAUAUGCUCAAAAUAAAAAAAAAACAUUUUCAAUCGAAAA